GCCUCGAGGCGGAUCUGCCCGGCAGCCCCGGCUAAUGCGGCCCACUUUGGGGGAGGUCCUUUGGGGUAGGGGCAUCUAGGCUUCACUGAGGUGGUGGCUGCCAAUCGGGAACUACAAGCCGCGUACACAGUCGCCAGGCAGACGCUUUGGGGCCACAAACCGCGGGGAACCAACAGCCGGAGCUGCAGCUGAGCAAAGGACGCACCCACGUCGGAACCACCCGACGUCGAGCUCAUUACCUCCCUCGUUUGCCUCGCCAUCGACAACUGCCCGCCGUCUACCUCACUAUCCCCUCUGCUCUGUCCUCGUUCUUCUUCACACAUACCCAAGCCAUCUAUCUGAAUUCUGACCCUGGUCGACAAUGGCGCCACAAGACCUCCCAGCAGCCUCUCGCGCUUUCGAGUCUCACCUCUUUGAUGAGCAUGACGACGCCGACGACCUGGCGUACAAGCGCAUCCUAGACGCCCUCCUCAAGCAGACGGCCACCCCGUCCCAGGCCGCGGCGGACAUGGACGCUCUAGUCACCGGAGAAGCCAAGAAAAAGCUAGAGGCGCUUGAGCAGCGAACCCCUCCGUUCCAACUCACCUCGGAGGAGCAGGAGCAGGGGCUGACUCCGCGCCUGGUGGGCCCCAACCCCGAGAUGUGGAUCGAGAUGAUCACCACGUCCAUCGCCAAGGUGUCGUCGGCUUUCCCACCCGCUCACCCGGCCCAGGACGCACUGGUCGAGUUCCUGCGCGAGCUCAGGGACAUGCCCAAGCACGAAGUGCCCAGCGGCGACUACACCAGAGAUGACCCAGUAGUCCAUGCCCAGACUUUUACACUGUGGCCCUUUGGAGAAGAUUCGGUCGGCUAUCUCGCCGAGAAGUUCCGCAGGGAAGCCGAAGACAUCGCCUAUCCGUUCUCCCACGUAGAGACGCUCGAGAGCGAGACGCAGCUGCGGUGGAGCAACCUCCAGUCCUUCAUCACGCGCCUGACCGUCUCGGGCCUGAUCGACUGCAGCCACGUCAGCGCCCUCGCCAACCUCCUGCCCUCGUCCCCGACCUACCCGGACCUUGCGGCGCGCAAGGCCGGCGGCCCCCGCAGGCUCGCCGGCGACCUCUUCGCGGCCUCGCACUGGCUAGCCGACGAUGGGGCGCGCCGCUGGGUCUACGAGCGGUGCAUGGCGACCGAGGCUCCGGGCGACGGCGAGAGCGCCUUUGCGUGGAGCAAGCGGAGCUGGGCCGACUGGAAGAGCCAGCUCGCGGCCCUGGCGGACAUUGACGGGUUCCCGGCCGAGGCGCGCGAUCUGGCACUCCUGCUGAGGACAAAGAUGGAGACGGAGAAGUAGGUAGGCUCCUACCGUGCGCUUAGAGCUGUGUGGCUGUCGGGGGGGGACCGUGGUCUCUAGUGACUGGCUGUCGCCUCGGCUUGCUAUGCCCCUGUGCUACGCAAACAAUACAGAGCAAUGUUUUUUUGGCAGCCGGCAAGGCAAGGAAAGUAAAGGAGCAUAGGUU